AUGGCCGAGUAUUUUGUCUUUGAUAUUGCUGAAUCACUGAUAAAGAAGUUAGCUUCUUAUGUUUACGAAGAAGCUUCUCGAGCCUAUGGUGUGUAUGAGGAGCUUCGAGGGAUCAAAGACACCUUAUCAAUAGUCAAAGGUGUGCUGUUAGAUGCUGAGGAGAAGAAGGGACAAAAGCAUGGGUUGCGUGAAUGGCUGAGGCAGAUUCAAAACGUAUGCUUAGAUGCUGAAGAUGUGUUGGAUGGAUUUGAGUACCAAAACUUGAGAAAGCAAGUUGUCAAAGCUUCAGGAAGCACCAGGAUGAAGGUAGGCCAUUUCUUUUCUUCAUCUAACUCUCUUGUUUUCCGUUUUAGGAUGGCUCAUAAAAUCAAAUAUAUUCGGCAUAGAUUGGAUAAAAUAGCUGCUGAUGGGAAUAAGUUUUGUCUUGAGAGGAUUGAUUUUGACCAUAACCUUGUGCAAAGGAGAGAAAUGACUUAUUCUCAUGUUGAUGCUUCACGGGUUAUAGGAAGGGAGAAGGAUAGGGAUGAAAUUAUCAAGCUUUUGAUGCAACCUCACCCUCAUGGUGAUGGUGUUGGAGAUAAAAGUGUGUGUGUUAUUCCCGUUGUGGGUAUUGGAGGGUUGGGAAAGACCGCACUUGCAAAGUUGGUGUUCAAUGAUAAGAGGAUGGAUGAACAUUUCCAAUUGAAGAUGUGGGUGUGUAUCUCUAAUGACUUUGACAUUAGGCAGAUAAUUGUUAAGAUGAUCAAUUCUGCUUUUGCUUCUGAUAAUGCUACAGCUUCGGCUAGUGCUCUUGCUCACCAGGACAACGUUAACGGCUUAGAUAUUGAGCAGUUGCAAAGUCUUCUUAGACACAAGCUUUCUGGUCAGAAGUAUUUACUAGUGUUGGAUGAUACAUGGAACGAUGAUCGUGCAAAAUGGAUAGAGUUGAAAGAUUUAAUAAAAGUGGGGGCAGUUGGAAGCAAAAUCUUGGUGACAACACGAGGUAACUCAAUUGCUUCAAUGAUGGGCACUGUUCCGUCGUAUGUUUUAGAAGCUCUUUCUGCCGAGAAUUGUCUAUCUCUGUUUGUGAAAUGGGCAUUUAAGGAAGGUGAAGAGAAAAAAUAUCCAAAUCUAGUGGAUAUUGGAAGAGAAAUUGUGAAAAAAUGCGGAGGGGUUCCAUUGGCUGUGCGAACUUUAGGAAGUUCACUGUUCUUAAAUUUUGAUACAGAAAGAUGGGAAUUUAUAAGAGACCAAGAGAUAUGGAAGUUAAAUCAAAAGAAAGAUGACAUUUUACCUGCUCUUAAGUUGAGCUAUGAUCAAAUGCCAUCUUAUUUGAGGCACUGUUUUGCAUUCUUUUCUCUUUAUCCUAAAGAUUUUCUCUUUGCUGAUGGUUUUUUGGUUAAUAUUUGGGGAUCACUUGGAUUACUACAAUCUCCCGCUGGAGAUCAAAAGAUCGAGAAUAUUGGAAGACAAUAUAUAGAAGAGUUACGAUCAAGAUCAUUUCUCGAGGAUUUUAAGAACUUUGGCCCAGUUUAUUUUUUCAAACUACAUGAUUUGGUACAUGAUCUUGCUCUGUAUGUGGCGAAAGAAGAGGUUCUAGUGGUAAACUCUCAUACUCACAGUAUACCUGAGCAUGUAAGGCAUUUAUCAGUUGUUGAGAAUGAUUCACUUAGCCAUGAUUUGUUCCCCAAGUCCAAAAGUGUGAGAACUCUAAUCUUUCCCAUCCCUGGAGUGGGAAUUGACAGUGAAACCCUUUUGGAUACGUGGAUAAGAAGAUACAAAUACCUACGGGUUUUAUAUUUAGGUGAUUCCUCUUUUGAGACUUUACCUAAUUCAAUUGCUAGAUUGGAGCACCUGCAAGCUCUCCUACUUACAAAUAACACUAAAAUAAAAAGAGUUCCUAAUUCUAUAUGCAAGAUCCAAAAUUUGCAAUUUUUGUUUUUCUGGGGAUGUGUGGAGCUUGAAACAUUGCCUAAAGGAUUAGGUAUGUUAAUCAACCUUCGAAAAUUGUUUAUCACCACAAAACAAUCUAUUCUUCCGGAGGAUGAAUUUGCAAGCUUGACCAAUCUUCAUACUUUGGGUUUUAAAUAUUGUGACAAUAUAAAGAUUUUGGUCAGACAAACACAACUCCCAUCCCUCAAAGUUUUCAUCAUUCAAUCAUGUGGGAGCCUGGAGUCUUUACCUCUGCAUUUUCUCUCUCAACUGGAGGCGCUGUUUGUAGAAAGGUGUGAGAUGCUAAAUUUGUCACUGAAUUAUGAAAGCACGAUCCAAAAUUUGAGGAUGAAAUUUCUGCAUCUUGAUCAUUGUCCAAGGCAACAGUCGUUGCCUCAGUGGAUUCAAGGAGCCGCAAACACUUUGAAGACAUUGUUAAUUUUGAAUUGGGAUAAUCUUACUAUGCUUCCAGAAUGGCUGACAACAAUGAGCCAUCUUAAGGUGCUCCAAAUUGUUAACUGUCCUCAACUGAUUAGUCUCCCAAAUGAAAUGCAUCGCCUCACUGCCCUUGAAGAUCUGAGCAUGGAUGGUUGUCCUGAAUUGUGUAGAAAAUGUGAACCACAGUGUGGUUUAGCACGUCGGUGGACUGAAACGGGGUACAUUUUAUCCAAAGCUUAUGUGCCCAAUAUUUCUUUAAGGUGA